UUCGUCCCUGGCUUGGUUGGAUGCGAGAAAGAACGUCGCGUCACUAUUAUAACGUGCGGUAAGGCAUGGGGACACGUAACUCAACUGCAGCCGUUUAGAUUCCACCGUGAACGACACAUGCCACGAUGAAACAAAACAAUGAUAGAGAGCAGGUACUCCAAAGAUUACUUGGCUAGAAUAAAAAUGCCGCUCUCCCAAGCUUGAUAACAUCACCUUCUUCGACUCAGGUACGCAGCAAGGUCUUCUAUGGAAGCCGCUCAUGGCACAUUUUGAUUGCGGUAAUAGACAAAGGACAUUCGGACUAAUACAGAGCGACACCUCAUAUCCGAACGAGGUGACCAUGUGACCUCCGUAUUGUUUGACGUCGGAUACCUUGGAGCUGUUUCUGUAAAACUCGUGAUGGCACCAGACACCCUAGAGUCGUUCCAUAAAACUCGGGAUGACACCGCAUGAUAUUGACCUAUACGAUGUUGGAUACCCCAGAAUCGUUUCGCAAAACUCGAGAUGACGUCGCACGACGUCGACCCGUACGAGUUGAUCGAUGCUUGUUUGCAUGGUACAAGUCAUCCUCUCGAGGAGUCAAUAACCAUUAAGGGAUAAUGUAUGACUGAUUAUCUCGUCACAUGUAUAAAAGUUAACCCUCUGACCAAUGAGGGCGACUUCGAACACUCAACUAUCUCUUACUCCACUCAAAUAUAAUUUUAGCUUCGAAGGGAUCGAAUCGAGAAAUCUCUCUCCUGAUCUUGACUUGAGUAUAGUAGCCCGACGAUGAGGCCCAUAGGUCAUCUCGACCUAAUGCCCACUUCUUCCACUUGAACAUUUGCGUGGACAACCUUACGCAUUCAAGAUUGGAUCAAGUCGUGUUGACACCUAAGCCAUGGUGUAAAGGUUCACCAAUAGCUCUCAUCUGGUUGAGUACGAGAAUGAUAGUUUGAUUCCACACCUCAUCAAUAUCCCUUGAUGAUAUGAAACCUGGGUUAGAUUGACCGAUUGGAUUAGAAAAUUAGAGAAUGGACCCCAUAGGAUUUAAGUACCCUUAUUAUAAUUAUCAUUUUGUGUACCUCAUAAUAUCAUCAUUUUCUUCAUUUUUCUAUCAUUUCAUUUUGCGUUCGGAUUUAACUAUAAUCAUAUCGCACAUUAGAGUUUUUAUUUCGAGACAGUUCACAGAUAUAUCUAAUAUGAAGUAUUUAACAGCUGUGAGUGAUCAUACUGACGUAUAUUACAUAGCCGCAAAAAGUCCGUUCCCUUCACUGCUUCCGAUGCGCGCACGAACUCGCUCAAGUUUCCCGGCAACAGCGCGCGGGAUAUCCGAACGAUCCUCCCAUUGCGGAAUCCCCUAUCAGUUACCGCUCCUCUUCCCGUCCUCUCGUCCUCCCGUCUUUUGCUGCCUUCUUUAGGGUUUUCGAUUAGGGCUCGGUCGGGAGAUCAACGCCGGAGUAUCUCGUGGGAGAUCUUUCUGGCUUCCGCGAACAAUAAUAGCUCCUCUGCUGUAGACUCGACCCAUGGCGAGGGCUGUUAAGAGAAAGCCGGAAACCAGGGGCGGGACGGCGGCAGAGGUGUUGGGAGGCGAGCACGGCGGCAGCAGCGACGCCGGGCGGCGCCGGCAAGGGACGGCAGACCGCCGUAUUCUUCGAUCUCGUUACAUUGCCGUCAAGAACCUCAUCAGCAGUAAACGGGAGGAUAUCACAAGCGCUAAAUCGGAGAGGUUUAAUUCGAUCAUCACGGAAGUGGAAAGCUUGCAUGAACAUGUUCAGAGACCUAGGGAACAAGUUGCAGAUGCUGAGGCUCUACUGGACAUUGCCAAUACCUUGUUAACCUCAGUUAGGUCCCAAACAAGCAAUGGAGUGACACCUUCUGAUUUUGUGACUGCAUUGCUAAGGAAUUUUGGUCAACAACAAGGUGAAGCAAAUAUUGAGAAUAUUCCAGUUUUCAACUGGGAUGACAUUGGUCAUGCAGCUUCUCAUGUUUUUAGGACUGCUCCUGGAUGCCCUACGAUGAUCGGUCCCAUGUAUACUGAAUUGAAACAGCGCAAGGUGGUUGUUCAGAGAAAACGAACAAGGGCUACUGAAAGCAGUCAUCCUGAUGAGCUCGUUGAUGCUGGGUCUGAGGUGAAGGCUGAUACCGAAAAGAAUAUGUCAACCAUAUUUGAGAUCUUACGGAGGAAGAGAAACGUAAGGCUGGAAAAUCUAGUGCUGAACAGGGGAUCUUUCUCCGAGACUGUAGAGAAUAUAUUUGCCCUCUCAUUUCUUGUUAAGGAUGGAAGAGCUGAGAUUACGGUGGAUGAUAGUGGGCAUCACCUAGUUUCUCCAAGAAAUGCUCCCAAACCCUCUGCAGUGGCAUCUGGCGAAGUAUCAUACAGUCAUUUCAUUUUCAGAUUCGAUUUUAAAGACUGGAAGUUGAUGAUGGAUUCUGUUGCUGCUGGGGAAGAGCUAAUGCCGCAUAGAACUUUUGCAAUGGAUGAUGUGGUAGGUUAACUUACAUUUUAUUGAACUUUGUCAAAGCUUUGGAGGCCUAAGCGUCUCCGUAGAAGGACAUGUAUAUAUUAGCCAUAUGGUUUGUUCAGCUAUCUUUGGAGAAAGUAAGAGUCCAGUGAUUUUUUUUCCAAUGUCUUAAUAGCUUCAUACCACAUGUAUUAUUGACAUUCGUUCUUUUGACUAAUUAAUUAACCCAACUAUUUAUACUGUGA